AUGGACAAUACGGACAAAGAAGACACAAAUAGUAAGAAGAUGGAGGAUGAGGAGGAGGAGGACAAACAGCCUAAGACAAUAAUGGGCAUCUUCACCCGACAACAAUUCAUCAUGUUGUGUGUUGCUGUGGGCUUGGUGGUCUUGCUGAUCGUUAUUGUUGUGCCUGCAGUUGUUCUCACUCAGUCUUCAGGUUCAGGUUCAGGAUCUUCUGGCAUCAAGGUUCCAUUUCACUCUGAUGGGGACAUGUUGGAAUUCCUGAUGGAUAAUGGGAAAAUCCCAAGCACGGAUGGGCUAUACGCCACAUGGUAUCACUCAGCCAACAACAAAUCACAGCUUAACGAUGCCCUUAAAAGUUCAGUCAUGGUUUUGGAAGCGGAUGUAAACGUAGAAGGGCAUAACACCGCCAACCAGACCAACAUUCCCAUCAUGGCCCAUCCCCCUGCUGUUUACAGUGACAACACCCUACAGGAAUGGAUAGACGUGGUUCUCAAAUCAGACAAAGGAAUUAAACUGGACUUUAAAAGUAUUGAAGCAGUGGAGCCUUCUCUUGACAUACUGAGAGUGAAAAAUCAAACAGCGCGCAUCAAUCGCCCAGUGUGGCUAAAUGCGGACAUCAUUCAUGGGCCCGGUGUUCCUUUGUUUAUACCGGUGAUUAAUGGCACUAGGUUUUUACAACUCAUUCAACAGAAAUUCCCUGAGGUAACAAUAUCACCAGGAUGGAAAGUACUCUAUGUGCCCCAGUUUCCUAACGUAACAUACUCAUUGGACAUGAUGGAGAAAAUGCACAUUGCUGUCCGAGAUGUUCCACAGAAAAUAACUUUCCCCAUCCUGGCUAACAUGGCCAAGCUAGGGUGGCCUCAUAUCAGUUGGCUGCUGAGCCAAUCGUCGAGGUUCACUCUGACCCUGUGGCAAGGGGCAAACAACCCAACACUUAAUGACCUUCUGUUCAUUCGGGACAACAGCAGCCCACAGCGCAUUUACUACGACAUUUACGAACCACUGCUAUCACAGUUUAAAGAGGCUGCAAACCUGAAGGGUCGCCCUCGACGGUUUUACCCCGGAGGAGAUCUGAUUGACUACUUUAAACCCAAGAACAACGAUGGCUCCAACAUCCAAUGGCAAACUGUGACGGGCAGAGAAUUCCUGUUGUCUGCACUUGGAGACAGCAGUGGUGGGAUGCUGGUCAUUCCAGUGGUCUCCAGUGCAGGUCUGCCCAAGAAGCCAGCGGUGGAGAGUCCAGGCCCUGAGCUCUCCCUUCAGGAGUGCCUGGAGCUCAUCUACGCCUCGCCCAAACCCUGGGGCAUCUACCUGCGCAUCAAGUCUCCGAGCCAGCUGGCCCCUUCGCUGCAGCUCCUGAGCACGGCGUACAAGCAGGACCUGUUGUACCAUCCCACCUGGGUCAACAUGGAGGUGUCCCACGGGGCUUUCCAGACGCCGGGCUACAUCGGCGCUCGGGACUUCCUGAGCACCGUGGAGGAGAACUUCCCCUUCGUGACCCUGGCCCCUGGCUGGCCGCGGGAGGCGCUGAGCGAGGGCUACACGCGGGCCCUGGUGGAGGACAUGCUCCAGCUCUUCAGGGGCGUCUACCAGGACGUGUCUCUGCAGUUGAGCGCCGAGUCGCUAGGAAGGUCGGACGCAGGCCUCCAGCUUCUGCAGGAGACACAGAAACGGUUCUCUCUCACCGUAGAGACUGACCCUGCAACAGAUCUCAACACCUGCGUUCAACUCAUGAAGUCUCUUCGACAAGGGAGCAGAGGACAAAUCUUCUUCAAUAUGCCACAGGAUUAUAUGUCUGAGCCGUUAAGUGAGGUUAACAAUUUUUAAAAAUCUGAAUGUGACUUGCGCUUCAAUGAAGACUGAAUUAGAUAUAAUGUGCCUCUUUAUAACUUAUAUUCAAAUGUAAUGAAUCAACUCUAAAGGUAAGGCAACUCAAUCAUGUAAUUUAAAAAUCCCCAUUACAGUGGA